AUGGGGCCUUUGGUAGGCGCUAUUGACGAAGGGACUUCAAGUGCACGGUUCAUUUUAUUCAAAGCGGGAACUGCAGAAAUAGUGGCCUCCCAUCAACAAGAGUUGCCACAAAUUCAUCCCCAAGAAGGAUGGGUGGAGCAAGACCCUAUGGAAAUCAUCAGUUGCGUCCAGACCUGUAUUGAAAACACCAUAGACAAGCUCAUUGCAAAAGGAGGAAGUGUGAACGAUAUUGUAUCUGUUGGAGUCACAAAUCAAAGAGAAUCCACAGUAUUAUGGGAUAAAACAACUGGAGAACCAUUGUAUAACUCCAUUGUUUGGCUGGACGUUAGGACUUCUACAACUGUCGACGUUCUCCUUGACAGAGUACCCAAUAAAUCAAGGAAUAAGAAUUACUUGAAGCCCUUAUGUGGUUUACCUUUGUCUCCAUAUUUCAGUGCUGUGAAGAUAAAAUGGUUACAGGACAACAUUCCGAAAGUCAAAAAAGCCAUGGAAACUGGAAACUGCCUGUUUGGCACCAUAGAUUCUUGGUUAAUAUGGAACUUGACUGGAGGAAAAAAUGGAGGAAUCCAUAUAACUGACCCUACCAAUGCAUCAAGGACAAUGUUAAUGAACAUUGAGACAUUGAAAUGGGAUCCUGUACUCAUCAAUUUCUUUGAAAUCCCCAGCAAUAUAUUACCUACUAUCAAAUCAAGCUCUGAAGUGUAUGGAACCAUUGCUGAGGGGUCUCUGAGGGGUGUCAAAGUAGCUGGUUGUCUUGGUGAUCAACAGUCAGCACUUGUUGGUCAACAGUGUCUCAAUAGAGGACAGGCCAAGGCCACCUACGGCACGGGCUGCUUCCUCCUCUACAACACCGGCCCGCUCAAGGUGCACAGCUCGCACGGCCUGCUCACCACCGUCGCCUACCAGCUGGGCCCCGACCGGCCGCCCAUCUACGCCCUCGAGGGCUCCGUCGCCAUAGCCGGGGCGGCGCUCAACUGGCUCAGGGACAACCUGCGGGUGCUGCCCAGCUUCGGGCAUGCGCAGGAGAUCGCGGAGAAGGCGAGCGAGGUGGAGGCGGGGGAGGUGUACUUCGUGCCGGCGUUCAGCGGGCUGUACGCUCCCUAUUGGCAGCAGGAGGCGAGAGGAGUGAUUGUUGGUAUUUCGGACGAUACGGAGUCAUGUCACAUUGUAAAAGCUACAUUAGAGGCAGUUUGCUUCCAAACGAGAGAUAUUCUAGAAGCGAUGAUUAGCGAUUAUGGUGCACCGUUAUUGAAUUUACAAGUCGACGGUGGCAUGACUGCCAACCAGCUGCUGAUGCAGAUGCAGUCCGACCUGGCGGGCACGACCAUCGUCCGCCCCUCGAUGGCGGAGAGCACCGCCCUGGGGGCGGCUAUGGCAGCGGGGGCGGCCGUCGGCCAUUGGAACAUCGACGGGCCGCCCCUGAACAUCCCGUCCACGCGGUGGACGCCGCAAGGCACGGAGGACGAGCGUGACGUCAAGUACUCCAGAUGGAAGAUGGCCGUGGAGAAGGCUAUGGGGUGGGAGAUGUAG